UUCAUCCCUGUCGUUGCGUUACUAAACACUAAAUCCAUUGAAAGCAUCGCACGUGUUUUUUUUAUUUACCGAGACAAUUUGUUGAAUUUUCACGCCAACAUGUAUCUCAUGUACACAAUCAACGAAAACGGCAACCGCGUCUACACGCUGAAGAAACGCACCGAGGACGGCCGUCCGACCUUGUCGGCACAUCCAGCCCGUUUCUCGCCGGAGGACAAGUACUCACGGCAGCGCAUUACCAUCAAGAAGCGCUUCAGUCUGCUGCUCACACAGAAGCCAGAACCCGUGUACUAAGUCAGAGUUUACGAUUAAUUAGGGUACAUGUGUAUUUACAAAUAAGUUGCAAAAUUUUUAAUGAACUGAACAAAUCACUUAAA